UAGAUUGGUCAUUGGAACAAUUUCAAAAUGUCCGACAUUGCCAGAAUCGAUAUCGAUCAGCCUAAAUAUGAUCAAAGCACUUAUCUCAAUCGUGCCAAACAUUUCUUCCUCCUGACAAAUCCUCUCAAUUUGUUGGCCUCAAAUGCCGAACUGGAACGGGCCAAGCGUAUUGUAACCGAUUAUCGUGCUGGCAAGCCUGUACCUGAUGUCAAGAAUGUUGAAGAUUUGUGGAGAGCCAAAUAUUUGUAUGAUUCGGCUUUCCAUCCCGAGACUGGAGAGAAAUCAUUGAUCAUUGGCCGUAUGUCUGCCCAGGUGCCAAUGAACACAUUGAUUACAGGAUGCAUGCUUUCUUUCUACAAAACAACACCGGCUGUGGUUUUCUGGCAAUGGGUCAAUCAAACAUUUAAUGCUGUCGUCAACUAUACAAAUCGUUCCGGAUCAACACCCAUCUCCAAAGAGCAAUUGGUGACCUCGUAUAUCUUGGCUACUGGUGGUGCGUUGACAACCGCUUUGUCCUUGAAUAGAAUAGUUAAGAAUUUGAAUCCAUUGAUUGGACGCUUAGUACCUUUGGCUGCUGUUGCAGCUGCUAAUUGCAUCAAUGUACCAAUGAUGCGUUUGCAAGAAUUGAAGAACGGUGUUACUCUUUUGGAUGAACAAAAUAAUGAAAUGGGUAUUUCUAAGAAGGCUGCCGCUGUCGGUAUUACCGCGGUUGUUGCCAGUAGAAUUGCCAUGGCAACACCUGGCAUGGUACUCACACCUUUACUCAUUAACAAAUUGGAAAAAGGCGGAUUCCUAAAACGUUUCCCCAAGGCUAGUGCACCCAUCCAAACAUUGUUUUGCGGCUUUGUUUUGAUCUUUGCCACACCUCUCGGCUGUGCAUUCUUCAGCCAAAGAGCUGCCAUUAAUGUUGACAGCUUGGAACCUGAAGUUAAGGAUAAAAUUAAGAAGAAGAAUCCUGCUUUGACUGAAGUAUGGUUCAAUAAGGGUUUGUAA